AUACUCCUUUGAAUGAAUGGCCAACCAAAACCUGGAAAAACAGGUUUUUGGGCGUAGCGCUUGGCCUAUUGCGUAAUUGCUGGAAGUUGUGAGAGUGAACCAGAUAUAUAAGAGUGCUUGAUCUCCAUCAACAUCCCCUUCCUUCUUCAUAAACACAACAUCGUCUCGAAUACCACAAUUUGAUCUCGAUACUCAAUCAACAAAACAACACUUUCAUACCCAAUUCACAAACAACACUCAAGAACUCAAUACCCUCAUCAUGUCUGGAGUUAUCAACAAAGCUAAGGAAGUCAUUCCAGGUGCUCACCCAACUCACACCACUGGCACUCAUACUACCGGCACCCACACUGGUACUACUGAGGGUCUAGCUGGACACCACAACAGCAGAGCCGCAAAUGCUGCUGAUCCAAGAAUCGAUAGUGAUUUGGAUGGUAGCCGAAACCUUGGAGCUGCUCACAACACUAUCCACACAACCGGUGGUGGUUUGCCGGGUACUUCCCACACUGGAGGCGGAUUGACUGGACACAACACCACUGGUGGCGGCUUGACUGGCACUUCUCACAACACUACUACCGGCGGUUCAGGAUUGACUGGCCACAGCAAUGCCAAACCAAACACCACUGGUCUUACAGGCGCUGGCCACUCCACCAACACCACUGCUGGUCCUCACAAGGUUUGUUUCCUUUGCUUUUGACCGAGUAAUUACUAAUUAAUUUCACAGAGCGAUCUCCUAAACAAGGCUGACCCAAGAAUCGAUUCUGACUUGAGCAAGACUGGGGGCCAUGCCCACACCAUUGGAGCUCAAGACAAGCACAACAAUGCUGGCGGAACUUUUGGUACACACAACACCCCUUCAACCCACACUGGUACUACCCACAACACCCACACAACUGGAAGUGGUUUGACUGGUACUACUCACAACACACACACAACUGGUGGCCUAACAGGCUCAACUGGUCACUCCACCAACGCUGGUCCUCACAGCUCCAACCUCGCCAACAAGGCUGACCCAAAGGUCGACUCCGAUCUUGAUGGUCGUGCCACCCACGGUGGAGUUGCAGGAACCGUCGCCUCGCACGUCAAGCCUGGCCCAGCACCCAACACUGCUGGCCCACACAAGAGCGAUCUCCUCAACAAGCUGGACCCAAGAGUUGACUCGAACUUGGAUGGCUCCAAGACUGUCGGAGGAAACAAGACUUAUGCGUAAGCAAAUGAUCUUCCAUCAGAGGUUCGCACCAAUAUUUUUAUUCCACCCCUUCCAUUAUAGAAAAGCAGCCUCUUCUUCUUCCCCUCAUCCAAUACGCAACUAACAUUUUUCACAGAGAAACAUAUGCACACAAGGACUCUUAUGACGCAUCUCAAGUUCCCCCCUCUGUCUUUGCAGCCCACCAUGGCUCGCCGGAGAUUUUGCACGGGGAUCAUGCUCAUGAUCGGGCUGGUCGACAUGGUUCUCUCUCUCAUCAGGAGCAAUAUCGUGGUAUUUAGGUACUAGGGUGCUGGAUCAUAUUCUUUCCUUGUCUUUUUCACGAAUGCGAAUCAUGAUACCAUGGAUGGAGAUUUUUCUUUCCUUUUCCUUUCCUUUUUAUGAAUGAUUGUACCAAUAGUCUAAGCAUAGGCAUGGGAUGGAGUAGCUAGCUAGUUAGUUAAUAUCAAGGAUUUAUUCUUGAA